AUGGCGCGUUCUCCUCUAGCUUCCUCACUUGUGGCGGUGCUGCUUGUAACCGCGCUAUUCGCAUCAAGCGCACAGUCUAGACUCGUCUCCAACGGACUGCUCGGGAACCGCAUCCCGAACCGACCAGCUCAAGUCACCAGCACCAUCACUAGUACCGUGUCCGACCUAAAAACCGCGCUGCAAGCGCAAGUCAGUUCAUUGGAAGGGGCGCUGACGCAAUCGCUCAACAAGCUUGCAACCGCGUUGAACGACAACGCAUCCGCGGCGACAUUGGCACUUCAAGCGCAGAUAUCCGCCCUCCAGAGCAGCAUAGACUCUCUCAACGCACGCAUUGCGAACCUCGACCUUAUUCUAUACCUUAGAAUCACGCGACCCGGCGGCGUUGCUCCCCAGACGACUCCUGUCGCACUCCAGUCGCGCAUCUCGUCGCUAAAAGGCAGCAUCCUCGCUCUCAACAAGCGCGCUACAUCGCUCACCACAGACCUGGCUAGCAUCCUCCCCAACCUCCGCGCAUUGCUGAGUCAGCGAGUGGCGGCGCUCACUGAGUGGGUGGGUGCACUGAAUCUGGACGUGUCGGCGCUCGCUGCGCAGGUGGACGCGCUGAUCGCCCCGCUGAGUGACGCCCUUGGCGUGGCGGACCUCGUGGCUCUGCUGCCGCACCCAGCAGGCAUGCUGCGUGGCGUGCUCACCUCGUGCGAGGGCCUUCUCCCGGUGGGAGCAGCCAACAUCCAGAUCACCAAAAUGGGCUCGGCGUACGCAGUGGCAUACCAGCUGGUGGCGACAGGCAUGGCGGAGGCACCGCAGGCGGCGGCCAUCUACAUCGGUAACAGCACGUGCGGCCAGGCAGCCCCACCCGUGGCGCUGCAGCUGCCCGGCACGUGGCAGCUGCUGAGCUCCGUGUCGUGGUCGCUGGCCAAUGUGCUCACUGUCGCGCCGGCGGACCUGGCGCCCGUGCUCAGCGCCAUCCAGGCGGGCAUCAAUGGGCAGCUCUACAUUGGCUUCGCGGGCACCAGCAGCAGCUUGUCGGGAAAACUCAUUGGUGGCAGGUUCUGA